CGCGUAGAGGGAGGCAACAAUCCUGUCCGUUUUGUCGUCUUUAACUAUACUUACCUCUCCACUCAUUAAUUGUUCUCUCUCUCUUCCCCCAAAAAAAUAUCUCUGUCUUCUCCAAAAACUCUCUCCGAUUUCAUCGCUUAGGGUUUCUUCGCCGAUUCUUCAGAUCUGAGAAGAAGAGCUUCCCGGAGACUGUUCUUGAUCGAUGAAGAUCACGGAGGGACAAUUCCGUCUCUCUCUUCUUCUUCUCUUAUCUGCAGCAACUUUAAUCUCAGCUGCUGAUUACUCUCCAACAGAGAAAAUCUUAUUGAAUUGCGGUGGUGCUUCUGAUCUCGUUGACACAGAUAACCGUACAUGGAUCUCCGAUGUCAAAUCAAAAUUCUUAUCUUCUUCAUCAUCAGACUCCAAAACAUCACCAGCGUUAACACAAGAUCCUUCCGUUCCCGAAGUUCCUUACAUGACGGCUAGAGUUUUCCGAUCUCCUUUCACUUACACUUUCCCUGUAGCAUCAGGUCGUAAAUUCGUGCGUCUCUACUUCUAUCCAAACUCAUACGACGGUCUCAAUGCUACGAACUCGUUGUUCUCCGUCUCCUUUGGUCCUUACACUCUUCUCAAGAACUUUAGCGCUGCUCAGACGGCGGAGGCGUUGACUUACGCUUUCAUCAUCAAGGAGUUUGUUGUGAAUGUUGAAGGUGGAACAUUGAACAUGACGUUUACACCGGAAUCAACUCCGUCUAAUGCGUAUGCGUUUGUUAAUGGGAUUGAGGUUACUUCAAUGCCUGAUAUUUAUAGUAGUACUGAUGGGACUUUGACCAUGGUGGGAUCAUCUACUUCUAUUACUAUUGACAACAGUACUGCUCUUGAGAAUGUUUAUAGGCUUAAUGUUGGAGGGAAUGAUAUCUCGCCUUCCGCCGAUACGGGUUUGUAUAGGUCGUGGUAUGAUGAUCAGCCUUAUAUAUUUGGUGCAGGACUUGGGAUUCCAGAGACUGCUGAUCCUAACAUGACCAUUAAGUAUCCUACGGGGACUCCUACUUAUGUUGCUCCUGUCGAUGUUUAUUCAACCGCUAGGUCGAUGGGUCCAACAGCUCAAAUCAAUCUCAACUACAACCUUACUUGGAUUUUCAGCAUUGACUCGGGGUUUACUUACCUUGUUAGGCUUCAUUUCUGUGAGGUUUCUUCCAACAUCACUAAGAUCAACCAACGGGUGUUUACAAUCUAUCUCAACAAUCAAACUGCUGAGCCUGAAGCUGAUAUUAUUGCUUGGACUAGUUCAAACGGGGUUCCGUUUCACAAAGAUUACGUGGUGAAUCCUCCAGAGGGAAAUGGACAGCAAGAUAUGUGGCUUGCUCUUCAUCCUAACCCGAUUAACAAGCCGGAGUAUUAUGAUUCUAUUCUUAAUGGAGUAGAGAUAUUCAAGAUGAAUACAUCUGAUGGUAAUUUGGCAGGUCCCAAUCCUAUACCUGGUCCACAGGUGACUGCAGAUCCAUCCAAAGUUCUAAGCCCAACUUCUGGGAAAUCAAAAAGCAAUACGGCUAUCGUUGCAGGCGCAGCCAGUGGUGCGGUUGUUCUGGCCCUUAUCAUCGGUUUCUGUGUGUUUGGUGCUUACCGCAGACGUAAGCGUGGUGAUUACCAGCCUGCAAGUGAUGCAACAUCAGGGUGGCUUCCACUUUCUCUGUAUGGAAAUUCACAUUCUGCUGGCUCGGCCAAGACCAACACAACAGGAAGUUAUGCCUCUUCCCUUCCGUCAAAUCUUUGCCGUCACUUUUCGUUUGCUGAGAUUAAAGCAGCCACUAAAAACUUUGAUGAGUCCCGGGUGCUUGGUGUUGGAGGUUUCGGCAAGGUUUACAGAGGAGAAAUUGAUGGUGGAACUACAAAGGUAGCCAUCAAGCGAGGAAACCCAAUGUCUGAGCAAGGUGUGCACGAGUUCCAGACUGAGAUUGAAAUGCUUUCAAAGCUUAGACACCGUCACCUUGUGUCCUUGAUUGGAUACUGUGAAGAGAACUGUGAAAUGAUCUUAGUGUAUGAUUACAUGGCUCAUGGUACAAUGAGGGAGCAUCUCUACAAAACCCAGAAUCCUUCUCUUCCGUGGAAGCAACGUCUUGAGAUAUGCAUAGGGGCAGCCCGGGGCUUGCAUUAUCUACACACUGGUGCAAAACACACAAUCAUCCACAGAGAUGUGAAGACAACAAACAUUCUAUUGGAUGAGAAAUGGGUGGCCAAGGUCUCUGAUUUCGGGCUCUCAAAGACUGGUCCUACACUAGACCACACACACGUAAGCACGGUCGUGAAAGGAAGUUUCGGUUAUCUUGACCCAGAGUAUUUCAGACGGCAGCAACUGACUGAGAAAUCCGAUGUCUACUCCUUUGGCGUCGUUCUAUUCGAAGCCCUAUGCGCACGGCCAGCCUUGAACCCAACACUUGCAAAGGAACAAGUGAGCUUAGCUGAGUGGGCACCAUACUGCUACAAGAAAGGCAUGCUUGAUCAAAUAGUCGAUCCCUAUCUCAAGGGAAAGAUCACACCUGAGUGCUUCAAAAAGUUUGCUGAAACCGCGAUGAAGUGUGUACUAGACCAGGGCAUUGAGAGACCAUCAAUGGGAGAUGUUCUGUGGAACUUAGAAUUUGCGUUGCAGCUCCAGGAAAGCGCAGAGGAGAGCGGAAAAGGAGUGUGUGGUGACAUGGACAUGGAUGAGAUUAAGUACGAUGAUGGCAACUGUAAAGGAAAGAACGACAAGAGUUCUGAUGUGUAUGAAGGGAAUGUGACGGACUCGAGGAGCAGUGGAAUAGACAUGAGCAUCGGUGGUCGGAGUUUGGCCAGCGAAGAUUCAGAUGGACUCACUCCAAGUGCUGUGUUUUCUCAGAUCAUGAAUCCAAAGGGACGUUAGAGAGUCUUAAAACACGGUACACUACUACCUACCUUUCUAAACCGGCUCCAUCCAAAGGAGACGGGUUCGUUUCUCCUUUUUAUAUUUUUUCUCUUAACUAUUUAUUAUUAUUCCCUUUGCUGUUAUUUAUUUAGAAUUUUGGAUUGUGUAUUUGAUACUACCACGAUGGAGAGUGUAAAAAAUAAUGUAUUUUUUUUUUUUUCUUCUUUCUACAAAACAUUAAACAUGAAUCGCGUCAAUGUACUCUUUCGUUUGUUAUCUAUAACGCUUUUGGUAAUGGAUGUAUCGUUCGUUACUAACUA